AAGAAAAAGUAUGCUGAAAAUGACAGCCUUGGCAGUAGUUGGUUGAAGCCGAUUAAAAAAGCAAAUACGGCACAUUAUAUGGAAUUAAUUCUUAGUAUCAUUAAUGAAUAUUUUGACUCAAAGCUAGUUUUGCAAUUACAGGCAUAAUUUACUGUUAAGUAUACAUCGAUAAAAACUAAAAUUAAUGUCUGCUCCAUAUGCUGAAACAUCUCUAUUUAAAACUAUUAAUAUAUUGUUUUCUCACCCGUAUUCCUAAUCAUGUUAAAAUACAUUUAUCCGAAAUAUUCUUACGUGAUCAAUAUUGUCAUUAUGGUUUAAUUAAAGAGCCCGCAUAUAAUUUAAAAUUGACUUUUUUUUUUAAAUACCUUGGCUAUGUUUUAAGAGUAGUUAAUAUAGUCCAACAGAUAUUCGAGGAAACGUCUAAACAUGCAUAUUUUAUCUUUAUUGUGUUUGUUCUAUUUUAUACAGUUCUCGGUAAGAUUUUUCUUCUUUUUAAUUCAAGACUACAAUUCCAUUGUUUACAAGUAAUUACGAAAUGUAUUUUCUUUUCAGAACUGUUUUCUUUUUAGUAAUAUUCUCAACUAUUUAGGAUUUCGUCCGCCUUGCUAUUGUCGAUGUGGAAUUGUAAACAGUGGUCAUUAUAGCCUGUUUGAUAAAAUCAGAGGCGUAGACCCCAUUCCGCCAUACACGAUGCCAUGGCUGGUGUUUAUUCAUGCCAAUGAUUCUAUUAUACCAGGAACUUUAAUUUCUAAUAGACACGUUAUUACAGCUGCAUCUAGGGUUUAUGAUUUAUCACCAUCAACCGUUUUCGUACAGAUUGGAUCCAACAACUUCUGUAGCAAUAAUGGGUUAAAUUUUACCGUUGAAGCUAUAAGGAUUCCUGGUGGUUAUACUCCUGGUGGAGAUAACGAUUUGGCUUUGUUGAGACUAGCCAAUGAAGUUUCAUUUAAUCAAUAUAUAUCUCCGAUUUGUUUGCCAUUCAGCUGGAGAGACUACACUAGAAGAACAGCAACAGUAUCAACAUUACCUAUUUACGAUUCAGGAUCCCGAUGUAUCGCCCGGCCAACCACAUUUUCGUUACUAGAAAGAUCGACUUGUUCAUAUCAAGCUAACUUUACUAUGGAUAAAGGCUGCGUAGAACCAACUGGACCUUUAUAUACCACUUUAUCUGAUGAAGAUGUAGGUGCCCCAGUGAUGACACGCCGACCUGGUAUUCCACACUUAAGACCGUUCCGACUGAUUGGGGUGCUGUCUUCUGCGUCUAAUAGCUCAGAACCAUCAAUUUAUACAAAAAUUAACGAUCACAGGUCGUUUAUAUAUCAAAAUACACAAGGAGAUUGUAUGUGUGUGUAAAUUGUAUCAGAACGGUUAAUUCAUUAUUUAAAAUAAAACGGGUGUUAUAUUGA